GACCAUGGUGUUUCUCUCUGGAAAUGCCUCCGACAGUUCCAACUGCACCCACCCGCCCGCACCGGUGAACAUAUCCAAGGCCAUUCUGCUCGGGGUGAUCUUGGGGGGCCUCAUCAUUUUCGGUGUGCUGGGCAACAUCCUCGUGAUCCUCUCCGUGGCCUGCCACCGGCAUCUGCACUCGGUCACUCACUACUACAUCGUCAACCUGGCGGUGGCCGACCUACUACUCACCUCCACCGUGCUGCCCUUCUCAGCUAUCUUCGAGAUCCUGGGCUACUGGGCCUUUGGAAGGGUCUUCUGCAACAUCUGGGCGGCGGUGGACGUCCUGUGCUGCACCGCGUCCAUCAUGGGACUCUGCAUCAUCUCCAUCGACCGCUAUAUAGGUGUGAGCUACCCGCUGCGCUACCCCACCAUCGUCACCCAGAAGAGGGGUCUCAUGGCUCUGCUCUGUGUCUGGGCCCUCUCCCUCGUCAUCUCCAUCGGGCCGCUCUUUGGCUGGAGGCAGCCGGCCCCGGAGGACGAGACCAUCUGCCACAUCACGGAGGAGCCCGGCUACGUGCUCUUCUCGGCGCUGGGCUCCUUCUACGUGCCACUGACCAUCAUCCUGGUCAUGUACUGCCGGGUCUACGUGGUGGCCAAGAGGGAAAGCAGGGGCCUCAAGUCUGGCCUCAAGACCGACAAGUCGGACUCGGAGCAGGUGACGCUCCGCAUCCAUCGGAAAAAUGUCCCCGUAGGAGGCACCGGGGUGGCCAGCGCCAAGAACAAGACGCACUUCUCCGUGAGGCUCCUCAAGUUUUCCCGGGAGAAGAAAGCGGCCAAAACACUGGGCAUCGUGGUCGGCUGCUUCGUCCUCUGCUGGCUGCCUUUUUUCUUGGUGAUGCCCAUUGGGUCUUUCUUCCCUGAUUUCAAGCCCUCAGAAACAGUUUUUAAAAUAGCAUUUUGGCUCGGAUACCUAAACAGCUGCAUCAACCCCAUUAUAUACCCGUGCUCCAGUCAAGAGUUUAAAAAGGCCUUCCAGAAUGUCUUGAGGAUCCAGUGUCUCCGCAGAAAGCAGUCUAAACAUACCCUGGGCUAUACCCUGCACCCUCCCAGCCACGCCGUGGAGGGGCAGCACAAGGACCUGGUGCGCAUCCCAGUGGGAUCAGGAGAGACCUUCUAUAAGAUCUCCAAGACGGAUGGGGUCUGUGAAUGGAAAUUUUUCUCUUCAGUGCCCCGUGAAUCUGCCAGGAGUACAGUGUCCAGAGACCAGUCAGCCUGCACCACAGCCCGGGUGAGAAGUAAAAGCUUUUUGCAGGUGUGCUGCUGUGUGGGGCCCUCGACCCCCAGCCAUGGAGAGACCCACCAAGUUCCAACCAUUAAGAUCCACACCAUCUCCCUCAGUGAAAAUGGGGAGGAAGUCUAAAGGACAGGAAAGAUCAGAAGGAAGGGGGUGGGGGGGGAAUGAUCUUAGGCACCCACCCCACUUCCUACUUGGAAGGCCAGUUCACUCUUCCUGGAUGACAAGACAGGACCA